UCCGGUGAAAAAUCAAGAUGAAAAAAUCCUCUUUCGCGUCAAAAUCGAAGUCUAAAUCAAAAUCAAAACCCAAAGUAUCUACAAAAAUCAACUUAAAGGGUUUAAAGAAACACGCUGCACACCCUCCUGCAACGCAGCUUAAGAAAGGGCCUCCACCAAAGAAGAAAGAUGAACCUGCACUGGAUGUUGAACAGCAGUUUAUUCUUCGCUUGCCUCCAGGCCCAGCCAUGGCCCUCGCACAUGAUGUCGAGUCUGGAGCUAUGAAUUUGAAGGACAAACUGUUUAUUGAGAUGCAACCAGACCAGAAGCAUGGCUUAGUCAGAUAUGGAAAUGACAUGUUCCAUUCCAAGUUAGUUGACUUGCCUUGCAUUCUGGAAUCCUUGAAGACAACAGACAACAAGACAUUCUACAAGACUGCAGAAAUAUGCCAGAUGCUGAUAUGUUCGGUUGACGAAGAUAACAGCCAAGAUGAAACCGAGUCGCCAAAAAAGAAAGACAAGGACAAGAAGUAUCUUUAUCCUCAUGGAUUAACACCGCCUUUGAAGAAUGUUCGGAAGAGAAGAUUUCGUAAAACUUUGAAGAAACGGUACACAGAACAACCAGAUAUAGAGAAAGAAGUUAAGCGCCUAUUCCGAACCGACAAUGAAGCUGUGCAUGUGAAAUGGGAAAUUGUGACAGACGACGAUGAUAAACUGAAUAAAACUGACGAGAUGGGUGUGGAGGGAAAGACGCAAUCACAGAAAAUACAGGGAGAUAUCAAUAUAGAGCACAUCUUUGGUGAGGUAAGCAGCUCUGAAGACGAUGAUGAAAAAGACGUGAAUAUAAUGGACAGUGGUGAUGAGUACAUCGGGGAGGAAGCCACACAAGGCAAAGCUGUGGAGGCCGAGGCAGAUGAUGAUGAUGAUGAAGAUGAUGAUGAUGAAGAAGAGGAUGAUGACCAGAUGACAGCAGAUAUGGAAAAUGAAAUCCGUGCCAAGCUGGAUGUGUUGAGUAUGCAAAUAGAAGAAUUACAUGAGAAGCGUAUCGCUGAGGAAGAAAAGAUCAAUACCAUCGACAAUGUGGCCCUUCGGGAGAGGUUUCAGUCUGCCUAUGAUGACCUUGUGCGGGAAGAGGAAGAAAAAACUAAAGAAUACGAGAUUCUGUCAUCAAUGUUAAGUUAAAAGAACAGUGACUAUCCUUUGGGAUCAAAGCAGGCCCUGUUUAUGAAAGACCAGGGCCAGGAGACUAUUCAUUUAUUCAUCAGCUUGUCAUGUGGUUGUGCUGUUUUGUCUUCUAUUUAAGUAUUUGUAAAUAUUUGUAAAUAAAAUACAUAAAUAUAAGAUGAAUUUCUGUAAA